CGAUGCUGCGGCAACCGCGGCUGCUCUCUGACGUCACCGAGCUGGCAGGCAGGAGGCGGCUCGACAGUUUGAACCGCGAACGGAGAGAGAGCGAGAGAAAGAGUGUGUGUAUGUAUGUGUGUAUAGAUAGACACGGGUUUGUCCGGUUACGGCACGCAGGCGAGUGUUUUACAGUCACUGUGUUCAGACUCGGAGAGGAAAUUAAGGAAAAUACCGACGAAGAAGAGCAGAGGAGGGGGGAAAAGAGAAGAAGAAGAAGGUCGCGGCCGUUGGCGCUCAGUGAAACUUUAAGAUGGAAAAUUCAUCCAGCAACAGCCGGUUUCGGUCCACAGUGUUCAACCACGAUGAUGAGAUCACAGAGUGCGCUUUAGCCCCAGUUGCAAUGGAGGACAGUGACCAUGAGCAUUCCUCUUCAUCAGAUGAACAAGACUCCUGCCCAGCUUCCCCUAAUCAGAGCAGGCACCAUGAUCAUGAUCACCAUGAACAGAAGCCCUCAAGCCAUUCAGAUGACUCAGAAGUGGAAAACAUUAUGCAGGACCCUCAGCAUCAUGGUGGGCACGGUCACCACCAUCACAAGCACCAUCACCACCCCCAUCAUGACCCCGAGCCUCAUGAUGCGGACAGGCAGGCUGAGGGCAAUGACCGCCCCCACACCCCAUCGUAUUUGCGGCCCCCCGUGGCUGGCAGGGCACAGUCAGAUUCAGGUUCAGACUCCGGUUUGCCACAAAGCCGAAGCGUGGAGUUUGACUUGCCGUCCCCCGUCAGUCCCUCUAGGCCAAAGAGCCCCUGGGUUCGAUUUGACCCAUACGACAGUAACGAGGACCAGGACAAGGAGUACGUGGGUUUCGCAACGCUGCCAAACCAGGUGCACCGCAAGUCUGUCAAGAAAGGAUUUGACUUCACGCUCAUGGUAGCAGGUGAAUCUGGCCUGGGAAAGUCCACCCUGGUCAACAGUCUGUUUCUCACAGAUCUGUACAAAGAUAGGAAGCUGCUCAAUGCAGAAGAGAGAAUCACACAAACGGUAGAAAUCACCAAACACACGGUGGAUAUAGAGGAGAAAGGUGUCAAAUUGAAACUCACCAUUGUGGAUACCCCUGGGUUUGGGGACGCUGUGAACAACACUGAAUGCUGGAAGUCAGUGGCUGACUACAUCGACCAGCAGUUCGAGCAGUACUUCAGGGAUGAGAGUGGCCUCAAUCGCAAGAACAUCCAGGACAACCGCGUACACUGCUGCCUCUAUUUCAUCUCACCCUUCGGUCACGGCCUCCGACCUCUGGAUGUGGAAUUUAUGAAGGCUCUCCAUGAGAAGGUCAACAUUGUCCCAGUCUUGGCCAAAGCAGACACACUCACCCCUGGUGAAGUGAAGAAAAAGAAAAUUAAGAUCAGAGAGGAGAUUGAGCAGUACGGUAUAAAGAUAUACCAGUUCCCCGACUGCGACUCUGAUGAAGAUGAAGAUUUCAAGCAACAAGACCAUGCGCUGAAGGAAAGCAUCCCCUUUGCAGUAAUUGGCAGUAACACCGUGGUGGAGGCCAAAGGAAAGAGGGUGCGAGGCCGUCUGUACCCCUGGGGUAUUGUAGAAGUGGAAAACCCAGCACACUGCGAUUUCGUGAAGCUGAGGAACAUGCUCGUUCGCACGCACAUGCAAGAUCUCAAGGACGUGACCCGAGAGACUCACUACGAGAACUACAGAGCCCAGUGCAUCCAGAGCAUGACCCGCAUGGUCGUCAAGGAGCGCAACCGCAAUAAGUUAACCCGGGAGAGCGGCACAGACUUCCCCAUCCCAGUGGUGCCCGGAGUGGCCGAGUCCGAGACGGAAAAGCUCAUCAGAGAGAAAGAUGAGGAGCUGCGGCGGAUGCAGGAGAUGCUGCAGAGGAUCCAGGAUCAUAUGAUCACUCAGAAGGACGGCUAUUGAGAAACAAGAACCCAGUCACACUGUGUACAUGUGUUGCUCUCACUGGGAUUUAAUAAAAAAAGAAAAACUCCCCACUCCACCCCAAACAAACCUUUAUUCCACUCUUGGAUAUUGACAUCCCAAGCCACCUCUCAGCCUCAUCAGCAGCAUGUUAUACGUGGAUCAAGGACCCGGCGAGGAGGUGGUAAGACGUUUGCAGCUUAGCGACUCCCUUUAUCCUCUCCAGAAUCUCUGACAUUUACGGCAGCACCGCUGAGAAACACCCAACUCUCCCUGUCUGCUGUUUAAAACAGCUCUCGUGAUGUUCGCUUGAAUGAAUGAAAGGUUGGGGGUUAAUUCACAUAUCAGAGCUUUUUAUUUAGCCACAUGAUCACAGGGUUGUUUUUACAAGUUUACAUCAAAGCUUACACUUUUCUGGGUGUUUUUUCUGGUUUAUUUUUUAAAAAUCUUUACAGGUCAACAGGCACACACACACACACACACACACACACACAUAUACAUAUAUAUAUACUGUAAUAAUAUAAUUUUCUAUAUUACACCUUUUUUUCCUACUGUUUUUGUUUUUUACAUGCUGUAUUUAAUGUUACACUGCUCGACUAUGUGGAUGAUGGAGGUUCCUGUUGGUUAAUUUGGUUUAAGGGUUGUUUAGAUUUUUGUUCAUUUGGUUUGAUCAGUGUCUGCAUGUUCACAAUUAUAGUUGUCACAUCUGAUGCCUGACGUCACAGAGUUGGCCAGUGUUAACUCACAAGCAAACUCACUGAUCGUCAUUGUCAACAUUCGAGAUGCGAUGUAUCUUUAAACCUGGCAGAGAAGUCUUUAAAAACCAUGUGGAGAAUUCCCGAAAGUGGCAAAGUCACAAAAGGUUGUUGAAAAACACAAGACCCUAGAUUUGCAUGAGAUGAGCGUCAAAGGGCAGGGUUGCAUUAAAGGCCAUGCAGUGGUUUUUAUUUUUGCAUGAGUUUUGUGAAGAUUACUCAGAUUGCAGAUCUGUUUGAUGAUCAUAAACUGACCAGCUGUUGGGGUUGAUAAUAGAGGCUUUUUUUAUAUUUUAUAUAUAUAUAUAUAUAUAUAGGUUUGUUAUAAUUUUGUUCUCACUUAAAGGGAGCUCCUAUGUUGGAUGAGUACUAACCUUUACAUUUAUCUUACAACCAAUGAUAAAUUUAAUAAUCCCAAUAUUUUUUUUUUUUGGAUUGGUCUUUAAAAGUGUGAAUUUUUUUAUUUUUGCAACACCAUUACAACCCAUGAGUAAUGAUCAAAAACAAUGAGUGAACAUGAGUCUCUUGACAUUUUUUUUAAUGUUGCAGAGCUUCUUUUUUUUUUUUUUUAAAUUAGAUUAGAUGACUCUACUCUGACUUGUGUGACCUUUGUUUAAAAAAUAUAUAUAUAUGAAAAAUACAUUCCUCGAGUUUCUAUCGCAGAGUCAGGUAACACUUUUUGUUUUUGAAUUCAUGUUAAAUUUGCCUUCGUUAUUUUGCAUUUUUUGAUUAUAUUUAUGUAAUAAAUUUAUAAAUGGAAGAGGAUGGAGAGGGCAAUGUGUACAAAUUCUAAUAUUGUAAUAAAAUAUGACUAUAAUUUCAA